AGAAGAAUUGGCUGUCAGUGUCCCGGAUGAGCGGUACAUAAUGAGAACCGGGCCUCUACUCGUCCUUUUCCCGAAGAGCUAACCACGUUGUUGGUGUAGGUUCCUGGCUCACCGCUGUUCGUCUGAUUUUUUUCCGAAUAAGUCGGUCAGGGAUAAUCAUAAUGGCUUUCAAGGACACUGGUAAGGCACCUGUGGAGGCAGAGGUUGCCAUUCACCGCAUCCGCAUCACCCUCACCAGCCGUAACGUCAAGUCUCUGGAGAAGGUCUGUGCAGACCUGAUCCGUGGGGCUAAGGAGAAGAACCUGAAGGUGAAGGGACCAGUCCGCAUGCCAACCAAGACUCUGCGCAUCACCACCAGGAAGACCCCCUGUGGUGAGGGAUCAAAAACCUGGGAUCGCUUCCAGAUGAGAAUCCACAAGCGCCUGAUCGAUCUGCACAGCCCAUCUGAGAUCGUCAAGCAGAUCACCUCCAUCAGCAUCGAACCUGGUGUAGAGGUCGAAGUCACCAUCGCAGACGCGUAAACAACGCAGAUGGUUGAAUAAAGAAAUGAAAAAAGAAACUGA